AUGAACUUAAAGAGUGUCCACAUUGGAAAGUAUAAAAUACUUGGGAAAAUAGGUUCGGGCGCAUUCGGGGAUAUUUAUGAAGGAGAGUGCCAGGAGACGUAUAAGAAAGUUGCUAUAAAAAUAGAAAAAAAGCCAGGAUCAUCUCAGCUCACAUAUGAAAAAUGUAUAUAUAAAAUGCUCAAGACAGAGAAUAACUAUAUUCCAACGAUCUACCAAUCUGGUGCACUAAACAUGGGGGAUUUAAAAAGAUCUUUUCUUGUAAUGGAUUUAUUGGGGCCUUCAUUAGAAUCUCUCUUUAACUACUGUGGAAGAAAGUUUAGUUUAAAGACGGUUCUUAUGCUAGCAGAAAUGCUAAUAACCCGAGUUGAGUAUCUUCAUUAUAAGCAUAUAGUGCAUAGAGACAUAAAACCAGACAAUUUCUUAUUUGGGGUAAGCAGCGGAAGUAAAAACAUUGCAGAAGUUCUUGCUAAAAAUGCCUUUUACAUUCUAGAUUUUGGCUUGGCGUAUGUGUACCGUACGUCCAAUUACACACACAAGCCAAUGACUACAAAAAAUAAGUUACUGGGCACUGUAAGAUACGUCUCUUUAAAUACGCAUAAUGGAAUAAACCAAAGCAGGAGAGAUGAUUUAGAAUCCCUUGCGUAUAUGCUGAUAUAUUUUGUAAAAGGAAAACUUCCCUGGCAAAGUAUUAAAGCAGAAACAAAAGAAAUGCGAUACAAGCUGAUUGGUGAGAUAAAAGCAUCUACACCCAUUAGUGAAUUAUGUGCUGGUAUUGAUCAUUCAUUCAGAGAAUUUUUAGAGUACACUAGAAGACUUAAAUAUGAUGAAAUGCCUGACUAUCUGUACAUUAAGCGCAUAUUUGGUUCCGCAAUGGUAUAUAAUAACUUUAUAUAUGAUUUUAAUUUUGAUUGGUAUAUAAAGUAUAUAGAGACAAAUGAACCUAUAAAAAGAUGUAUGAAGAACACUAAGAUUCAGCAGUAGAAUAAAUAAUAGAAG